AUUGACUAUGCUCACAUCGGACCAGCAUUCUUCACGUGGCAUCGAUGGUUCCACAUCUUCCUGGAGAAUGAGAUCCAGGCAAUGCUGGAGGCCAUGGGACGAGAGGACUACUACAAGUUCCGUCUCCCCUACUGGGACUGGCGGCGCGAGAUCCAGACCAGCUACGGCCUACCGAGUGAAGAGCUCUUCUCCUUUAGUCGUUUUGGGGAGACUAGGAAUGUCAGCAAUAGCCCCGUUGUGUUUGGAGACCUUGUGGGAGACUGGAACGCCGUAUGUCAUGCAACUCCAGAGAUCUGCAAUCCCUAAUAUACCCACUGGGUACAUCCAACGUUGUCCCUUCAUAGGGAAUCCGAUUCUCUGCCACAGCAGUAACCCAGACUGGCCCUCACUGCAGGAAGUCAACGAACUUUUCAAACUGGAAGAGUAUGCCGUUGAGCCCUUACUGACCUCAAUUCAGUGAAUUCUCUUGGUGCUGUGGUUGAUCUGCCCCGUGUUAGUGAUGUGGAGGAAUGUCGUCGAGAUGUAUACUGUCUAUGUACUGUUGGUGGUCCCCUGUGUGUGGGCGUUCCCGACGAUUCUUCUGUCCUGAAAAUUAGCGUUGGAGUACAUGGAAAGGCCCACUUUCUGGUGGGGCUUGGCGGUGUAACACCCCUUCCGCCACACUUGCAAGGGUCCAUGAUUGAUUUUGGCAGUGCACCAAACGAUCCACUGUUCAUCAUCCACCACACGAUGAUGGACUGCAUCCUGGAGGAGUGGACAAAACGGCACCCAUCCUCAAGUUUCCCGGAUGGCCCUCUGGUUAGAGAUGGUCACAAGAAGAGCGACUACCUUCGAACCUUCUUCCCUCCAAUAACACACGGAGAAGUCUUCACAGAUCCAAAAGAGUUUGGCUACUAUUGUCAGCUACCAAAUCUUGACAUAAACACUCCAGUUGCUCCAUCUUCUCUUGAGACUAAGAUCUCAGUCUUCAUCAAUGGAAGCAGUGUAGAUGUUUGCGUGGAAUCCCAGACAGCCUCACUGAUAAAACUUGUGCUGAGAGACAACAACAGCAAGCGAUACGUCAGCAUUGGUAAUAUUUUGGAGAAUGCUAGGGAAACGGAAGAGCAAAGCGAUCACGGGACGAAGCCCAAAGGCAAGUUGGAAAUCUCAGUGGUGGAGGGCAGUUUCCGCAGGAUCGCCGGGAUCCGGGAGUUUGCCGACGACUCGGGGACGUUUGUGCUGAGGGUAGUCGAGAUCCUGCGAGAGCCGGGGGAGAGUCUCGGCUUCUACAUCAGGCAGGGGGACGGGUGGGACAGGAGCGAUGGCGUUUUCGUCUCGAGGGUAAACCUGGGCAGCAUCGUGGAGACUAGCGGACUCCUAAGCGUCGGCGACGAGAUCACGAAGGUGAACGAUAUCGAUGUGAUGCACAUGCCCCUGGAGACCGUCACAGUCAUCGUGCGCUACGUCCAGAGGCUCUUUCUCACGGUAAAGGUACUCACCUCCCCGGCUCUCGUCCGUAAUCUCUCCCUAAGGUCCAACCAAAAACGUGCUCUCAACUCCACUGACGGUACGGUGACCUUGCGACCCAAGCCAGGAGAUAGAGAGGUUUCCGUGAGGAACAGGAGAGCUCGAGUUAUCCCUGACAGCAGUGAGGCCUUGGUCCCUUAUGCUUACACCAGAAUUGGACCGGAGACACAAGACGAUGCCGAGAGCCCUGGUUAUGAGACUGUACGUCACGAGCCACUGAGAGUCAGCACCCACAGCGAGCCGGAACACUCAGCACACUCACCAAGGAAACUUGGAGGUAGUCUAGGUGAUGUGAAUCUGAUUGAUCACGAGAAGAUUGAUCAGAUGUGUGUCACCGAACCGCACAGUGGGGUGCUUUCCCUGGUACUUGGCACCGUCGAUAACCUCAUCCCGCCUUCUGAUGAUGCUCCGCUAGUCUGCUCAGUUUCGUGCGACUCGGAACAAACUGUGGAAGUCUCCGUCACGGUAACCCAGCUCAAACAAGAGGAGGUAGCCAAGAUAAACCACGAGUACCACAUCCAACUCACCAAUAACCACAAGAUCUCUUUCGGGCUUGUCAACGGGAUCCUCUCCUCGGUCAAAACCAUUCCCUUUGCCUACUUUUCACCCACCCCACAGACUCCCAGGUCUCGUAAGGAGUUUGCUUUGAUCCUCAAUCCCAUCGGCCGACUUCAGUUUAGUCUCGGCUUCUCUCCAAUGCCGUCAGCCAUACCUCGCUGGGGAGGGCAGAGCCACUCCCACAGGUGGGUCGUUGAAGGAUGAGUCAAUAUCCGUCAAUGGAACCGGUUCUGGCCUGCCACUUGUGGUUGAAAGAGCCAUUAGAGUAGUCGAAGAGUACGGUAUUGAGACCCCGGGUCUCUAUCAGGUCACAGCACACGAAGAGGCCAAGGGAGAGGCACUUACAGCAUGUCAAAAUGAUACUCUUCAUCCCAGCUUACUGCGGGGCUUUGUACCCCGAGUGUCGUUGCACGCGUUCACAGGAGUACUGAAAGACUCUUUCCUCAACCUUCCCCAACCGCUCUUCCCUCCCGACUUCACCGCCAGUGUCCAGGAUGCUGUAAAUGAACAACUCGAAAUCGAUGAAGGGACCUCCCUCGCCAGUUUCAUAGAGCGUCUUCCCAAUGAGGCCGCUGCCAGUGCCUCUGCUCUGCUGGCUCAUUUCAGAGCUGUGUGCCAGCAUGGAGCUACGAAUGGGACGAGCCUUGACAAGAUCUCGCAGGUCUUUGCACCACUGUUGUUCACACCAGCCCACGGCCAGAGCCACCAGCCCGACGAGGAUACGUCCUGUGGAGACUUUACCAGACAUGCACAUAUUCUUAAAACACUUGUGUUGCACUGUAAAUAGUUACGGUCUGUAUUGCUCUGCAGUAGUAGCUAUGUUUUUUAAUUAUGCUCCAGCAGCAAGCAACUGCUUGCAUGAGAAAUUUUUUUUAAGUGGAUGCCUAACCUAACAUUCAGCUCAACGGAUGAUCUUUAG